UGUGUCAGUUGAAUUUCAGUGUUUGUAUUGCAGCUCGUGUGAAACGGGAAUAUUGAAAUGGGUCCGAAAAGAGCGGCAGCCAAAGAAGAAGUAGCUGUAGACCUAGGACCAGAACUAGAUGCCGAAAAGGAGGUUAAACAGACCAAAAGAGCUAAAACUGAUGGCGGUGGAGCUAAAAAAGCACCCACAGCAGCUAGAAGCAAUCCGGCGUGGUUGGUGAUGGUGGAGGAGGCGUUGAAAGAGUUGGACUCGCGUAAAGGCGUCUCCGCACAAGCGGUACGCAGCUACAUCAUUCAGAAGUACCCCUCGGCGGACCCGAUCAGGCUCAAGUACAUGGUGAGGAGAGUUCUCUCCAAAGGGCUAGAGUCGGGCUCUCUAGUGAGACCUGCCAAUUCAACUGCAAUUGGCGCUCACGGCAGAUUUCGAGUUGCAGUCAAAGUUAAGGCUAAAAAGUCUGCCUCAAAGACAAAGGAAAACGCAGAUCCGAAUAAACAGAAGUCCCCUAAAGCUACUAAAACAAAACCCAAAUCCAAAGAGUCUAAGGACCAGGAACCAGGUGUGAAAAAAACCAAGGCUGCGUCAAAAAAGGAAACCGAUGCUUCUGAAGCUAAAUCCAAACCAGCUGCAAAGAAGGAAAAGGAGCCUUCUGAUGCCAAACCCAAGAAGGCGAAGGAUGCUAAGGGUGCUGCUGCCUCCAAAGUGGCCCCUGCGAAGAAGCCCAAGGCCAAGGCUGCGGAGGAGGCUGGAGAGGCUCCCGCCAAGCCCAAGGCCAAGACCGUAAAGGCCGCCAAGGCUGCAGAGGGGUCCGAGGAAGCUCCCGCCAAGGGCAAGGCCAAGACCCAAAAGGCCGCCAAGACUGCGGAGGAGGCCGAGGAGGCUCCUGCUAAGGGCAAGGCUAAGACUGUGAAAGCUGCCAAGGCUGCGGAGGAGGCCGAGUCGAAGCCUGCUGGACAGAAGAGGGGGUCCAAGACUCAGAAGGCAGCAGAGGACACGGAGGCCAAACCAGAGGGAGCCAAAGCUAAGGGCAAAGGGAAGAAGGCUGCAGAGUAGUGCAAGGCACUUAUAGAGGCUACUUGAAUUUUAAUAUAUGCAUAGUGAUGUUGUGUUUUUUGAAAUAAAGUGUUUUAUAUAUAAA